GAGGGGAUGGGAUGUGGCCUGUUCCCCUCUCGCUCUCUUCUGAAGCCAUCACGUUGCUUUUACGCCCAGGAAUAUCGUUUGCUUUCUUUCUGCGUAUUUGAUGUAAAGAAAUCCAGCCAGGACCCUCGCCCCAUCUGCAAAGUCAGACCCAGCACACGGAGUGUCUGAGCAGGUCUGAGGAGCCCCGGUCAGCGUACGAGAUGCCGGAUGCAGCCAGCCACUUGCCCUUCUUCUAUGGCAGCAUUUCUCGGUCGGAGGCCGAGGAGUACCUCAAACUGGCGGGCAUGUCGGAUGGCCUCUUCCUGCUGCGCCAGUGCCUGCGGAGCCUGGGGGGCUACGUCCUCUCCAUGGUGCACAACCUGCAAUUCUACCACUACCCCAUUGAGCGCCAGCUGAACGGCACAUACGCCAUCGCGGGGGGCAAGGCGCACUGCGGGCCGGAGGAGCUCUGCGAAUUCUACUCCAAGGAUGCCGACGGGCUCUGCUGCACGCUCCGCAAGCCCUGCAACCGGCCCAGCGGUGUGGCGCUCCAGCCCGGCGUCUUCGACAGCAUGCGGGACAACAUGGUGCGCGAGUACAUCCGGCAGACGUGGAAAUUGGAGGGUGAUGCCCUUGAACAGGCCAUCAUAAGCCAGGCCCCUCAGGUCGAGAAACUCAUUGCCACCACUGCCCAUGAGAAGAUGCCCUGGUACCACAGUAAUAUCUCCCGGGAGGAGGCUGAACGCAGGCUCUAUUCUGGAGCACAGCCUGAUGGGAAAUUUCUACUGCGAGAAAGGAAGGAAAAUGGCACCUACGCGCUGUCCCUCGUCUAUGGGAAAACAGUGUAUCACUACCGCAUCGACCAGGACAAGUCCGGCAAAUACUCCAUCCCCGAGGGAACCAAGUUUGACACGCUGUGGCAGUUGGUGGAGUACUUGAAACUCAAGCCAGAUGGACUGAUAUAUUUCCUGAAGGAAAGCUGCCAUAAUCCCAAUAUGCCGGCAGCAACCGUGGCACCACUCCCGCCAGCCCACCCCUCUGGAAGCGCCCAGAGACACCUGGGGGCUCUGAACACAGAUGGAUACACCCCGGAGCCCAUAGGGCCAGGGAAAUCGCGCCUCCUGCCCAUGGACACCAGCGUCUAUGAAAGCCCCUACAGUGACCCGGAGGAGCUGAAGGACAAGAAGCUCUUCCUGAAGAGGGACCACCUGAUGAUUGACGAGGUGGAGCUGGGGUCAGGGAACUUCGGCUGCGUCAGGAAAGGAGUCUACAAAAUGCGGAAGAAGCAGAUAGAUGUGGCCAUCAAGGUCCUGAAGAGCAACAAUGAGAAGGCUGUGAAGGAUGAAAUGAUGAAGGAGGCACAGAUCAUGCACCAGUUGGACAACCCCUACAUAGUCCGUAUGAUCGGGGUUUGUGAGGCAGAGUCCCUGAUGUUGGUCAUGGAGAUGGCCUCGGGAGGACCCCUCAAUAAGUUCUUGUCUUCCAAGAGAGAGGAGAUUCCAGUGAGCAAUGUUGUGGAGCUGAUGCAUCAGGUGUCUAUUGGGAUGAAGUACUUGGAGGAGAAAAACUUCGUCCACAGAGACCUGGCUGCCAGAAAUGUCCUGCUAGUCAACCAGCAUUAUGCCAAGAUCAGUGACUUUGGACUCUCCAAGGCUCUUGCAGCUGAUGACAGCUAUUACAAGGCCAGAACGGCUGGAAAGUGGCCCCUGAAGUGGUACGCGCCAGAGUGUAUCCUGUACCACAAGUUCUCCAGCAAGAGCGAUGUGUGGAGUUACGGUGUGACCAUGUGGGAAGCCUUCACCUACGGGCAGAAACCGUACAAGAAAAUGAAAGGCCCCGAGGUGAUCAGUUUCAUAGAGCAAGGGAAGCGCAUGGAGUGCCCAGCAGACUGCCCGGCCGAGAUGUACAAGCUGAUGCAGCAGUGUUGGACCUACAAGUGGGAAGAUCGCCCAGGGUUUGCAGCGGUGGAAACCAUAAUCCGUUCCUAUUACUACAGUAUCGCCGCCAAGAUAGAAAAGGGGCCAGAGGAGACGGAGGAGGACAAGGCAAAAGCAGCUUGCCCCUGAGUCUUCCUCUCUGUGCCCAGAGGAGUCCUCGGCACGGGCGCUGGAGAUGCCCUGGCUAGUUUUGGUUUGGUUUCUCCUGCUGGUGCUUCUCGGGGAGUCACAGAACUGAGCCCUUUGGAAAGAACGGUGCUGGCUGGACUGGCGCGGCAGGGGAGGCUCCCAAGGGAACUUAGCCACAGUUCAAUCUUUCGGCCGUGAUUUGCAGCCUUUGCUUGUCCCGCCCGGGGGACUGGGCAGGACAGUAUGGCAGCCCCCUCCUGCACACCUCCAAACCACCGUCCUCGACUCUCAGCACUCAUCCCCCUCAGUGUGCUCACCCGGGGUUCCCCACCAUGGCUCCCUCCUCCAGCAGCACAUUGCAUGUCCCCUAACUCCCCCGAUUUGCCAUUGGGCCGUUCCGGUGAAGGGUGGACAGGGGUGGGGGGCAGAGGACAGGGAACCGCAGCUGGGCAGGAGGCAGCUGGCAGAUUGCACUCCUAGAGCACAGAAUGAGCUGCUGUCUGCCCCAAAGGGGCCUGGCUGGGGGAUGGGCUGCUGGCCACUUCCUUCCACACCCGCACGCAGCACUGGGAGUUGGGCCCUGGGGAAAUGCCCACUGCUCCCUUUCAGUGGGAGGGGCGGGAACUGUCUGGGAGCCCACGCCCCGUGCCUGCCACAGCCUCUGCAGGGCGAGCAGCUCCCCCAGGGCAUCUGUGGCCAGGCCUGGGAAACCUUUUUCCACCAGCUAAGCCCUUAGCUCCCUAUGCGGUGCUCACCUCCGGCCCCUGCCCUGUACGCUCCCCACCAUGACGAGUGUUGCUCUUUCUUAGCUUGGAGAUCCACUGACCCUAUAAAUAAACGAGGCUCGUCUUUACCCUGGAACCCAUCUCAGACUAUUCAACUCCUGCAAACGUUGGCAGCUGCUCCCACCUUGCUCCCGGCCUUGUCUUCGGAGUCCUCCAGCAGCCUGUCCCGCGUGAGGUGUCUGGCCAGCCCCCUUUCAGCCGGCAGCAUCACAGAGCUUAGAGCCUUGCUGACUCAUUCAGACCUCGCGGAGGCCUGGAGAAGUUUAAAGUUCAGGGAGCUCUAGUCUGCUCAUCAUA